GAUGUCGCAACGAAGCAUCACUUCGUUUUUUACGGUGUUAAAUCCAAAAAAAGAGUCAAAAGACGAUGAAAGUGAAAAAAAAGUCGAAACCCCAGGUAAUAAGCGCAAACGGGACAAGAGCAACGACUCGAAGAAGACGCCCACGACAAAAAAGUCACUGAACAAGACCGACAAAAAGGACAAGUCGAGCGAGCCGAGUGGUAAGCGCCGAAAAUCAACCACUGCGAAAAAGUCACCUUCUGCCAGAAAAUCCAAAGUUACGGAGAACGCUAAAAAAAAGAAGAAAAGUGAGAAGGUAUCGAAAAAGGAUGAGGAGGAAGAAGAUGAGUCCAUCAUUGAAUCUGAUUCACCGGCUAAAGACGUUGAGAAUGAGGUCACCACUGAUGAAGAAGAAGAGGAUGAAGAUGUGCCUAGGAGGAUUACCAGAGAUAAGAGGAAUAAUGGAGAGUCCGAUGCAGUUAAAAAACUAAAAGGUCUGGUUGAUUCUGAAUCUUCAGAUGAGGAGAAAGAGCAGGUCAAUGGCAAGCGUAAAAAAGAGUCAUGUAAACCUGCUGCAGCAGCAAAGAAACUUAAGGCUAAAAUUGAUAGUUCAUCCGAAGAGGAAGAGGAUAAGGAUGACUCUGAGGUUGCAGUGGAAAAUGAUGAAUGUAACGUGGAGGAAAAAGAUGACGAGGAAAGUAAAAAUAAAAAAGAAUCGAAAAAAAGUGAAAAAAUAGAGGGAGACUCCAAGAAAAAUGGAAACAAAGAAAGAGGUAAGUCAGCUGAAACUGCAUCAUCUAAAAAAUUGAAAAAGUUUGUUCGUGCCGAUUCUGAUGAAGAAGAACCCGUUGAUGAGAAAAAAAAUAAUAGUAAAAACGAGUCUGAAAACGAAUUGGACAAAAUAGAUACCAAAAAGAAAACUUUGAAGACUCCUCCUUCUAAAAAAUCUAAAAAAGUUCUCAAUACAGAAGAUAGAACUCAUAAAUCGAAGGAUGAUGAUGAGGAAAAAAAAGUCAAACCUUCACCUAAGAAUAAGAAAAAAAAAGAUGUCAAAGUAGAAGAAAAAGAGCUGGACACCAAGAAAGAAGAAAAAUCUGAAAACGACAAACAAGUAUCUGAUGAUGAAGAUGAAAUAAUCGCUACUAAUAGUAAAAAAGCAAAAAGUAUAAUUGAAGACUCUCCAGUAAAAUCAGAUGAAAUAAAAGACAAAUCUCCACAAAGUAAAAAAACAAAAGAGAACCCAAAAAAAGAAGCGAAUAAAGAGUCUCCACCUUCAAAAAAACCUGUUACUAACGGAACUGGUAUCUUUGGAAAAGCUAAGCAAGAAAACGAAAGUGUUGAUUACAACCCAGCAUCAUCUUCGUACCAUCCAAUAAAUGACGCGUUUUGGAAAGAAGGUCAAACGGUUCCCUAUAUAGCAUUAACUAGAACCUUUGAAUUGAUCGAAGAUAUAAGUGCUAGAUUAAAAAUCAUUGAAAUAUUAUCAAACUAUUUUCGUUCGGUUAUUGUUUUGAGUCCUGACGACUUCCUUCCCAGUAUCUACUUGUGUCUUAAUCAACUUGCACCUACUUAUGAAGGUUUGGAAUUAGGAAUUGCAGAUACCAAUUUGAUGAAGGCGAUUGCUAGCUCAACUGGCAGAACACUUGCUCAAAUUAAAGCUGAGUUUCAAAAAGUUGGUGAUCUAGGUCUCAUAGCAGAAGGAAGUCGCUCCAAUCAAAAAAUGAUGUUUCAACCUCCACCACUUACAGUUAGCAAUGUUUUCUCAAAGUUAAAGGAAAUAGCUUCAACGACGGGAACAUCUUCGGGAAUGAAAAAAGUCGACAAGAUACAGUCCCUGUUUGUCGCUUGUCGUCAUACAGAAGCUAGGUACCUUAUAAGAUCUUUGGCAGGAAAGCUCAGGAUAGGUUUAGCUGAACAGUCCGUCUUACAAGCUAUAGCCCUUGCAUGUGCAAUGACUCCUCCAGAACAAAAACGCCCGUUUGAAGUUUUGAAUGCCUCCAAGGGUAUUUCCAGUGACACAUUCAAACAAAAAUACGAUGAACUGGCACUGAUUCUCAAAACCACGUAUUGUCAGUGUCCAAACUACAAUAAAAUCAUUCCAGUCCUUUUGGAAAAAGGUGUUAAAGAAUUGCCCAAUGAAUGCAAGCUCACUCCUGGUAUACCAUUAAAGCCUAUGCUUGCCCAUCCGACAAAAGGAAUCCAAGAAGUAUUAACUCGAUUUGAAGGGUUAAAGUUUACGUGUGAGUACAAGUAUGAUGGCGAGCGAGCACAAAUUCACCUCCUUGAGGACGGCUCAGUGAAAAUAUAUAGUAGAAACCAGGAAGACAACACGAGCAAAUAUCCUGACAUAAUCAAACGAAUACCUAACACGCAAGGUGCUGAAGUCAAGAGCUGUGUUCUUGACUGCGAAGCUGUUGCUUGGGACAAGGAAAAAAAACAGAUUCUUCCAUUCCAAGUGCUAAGUACGCGAAAACGUAAGGACGCAAACGAAGCUGAAAUAAAAGUACAAGUGUGCGUUUUCAUAUUUGAUUUAUUGUAUUUCAAUGGUACGGCUAUGGUUGAGGAGCCAUUUAAGAAACGUCGUGAAGUACUCAAGGCAAAUUUUAAAGAAGUCGAGGGUGAAUGGGCUUUCGCCAAAAGUUUGGACGCUAACACGAUGGACGAGGUACAAGAUUUUCUAGAUGAGUCGAUCAAGAAUCAGUGCGAAGGUCUAAUGAUCAAGACUCUAGAAAAAGAAGCUACAUACGAGAUAGCCAAGCGCUCGCGUAAUUGGCUUAAACUGAAAAAGGACUAUCUAGAAGGUGUUGGAGAUACCUUAGACCUCGUAGUAAUUGGUGGUUACAUAGGCAAAGGCAAACGUACCGGUACUUACGGCGGCUUUUUGCUGGCUUGUUACGAUCAAGAAAAUGAGGAGUACCAGAGCAUAUGCAAGAUCGGUACUGGCUUCAGCGAAGAAGACUUGGCCAAGCAUACUGAGGCUCUCAAGGAGUGUGUCAUUGAGCAGGCCAAAUCUUAUUACCGCUAUGACUCUAGUCUCGAGCCCGAUCAUUGGUUCGAAGCGAAGCUCGUCUGGGAGGUCAAGUGCGCUGAUUUGUCUCUCUCACCUGUACAUGGAGCAGCAAAAGGCAUAGUUGAUCCCGAAAAAGGCAUAUCGCUGCGUUUUCCGAGGUUUAUUCGUAUCAGAGACGAUAAAAAUUGUGAAAACGCUACUAACGCUCAACAGAUUGCUGACAUGUACUUGAACCAAGAGCAGAUCAAGAGUCAAUCAUCGUCAUCAACGGCUGCAACAGCUGAAGAAGAUUUUUACUAGGAUAUUCUUCAUUUAAUUUUUGAUUACUUAUUUAAAUAAAUUGAAAAUAUCAAACUUUUGUAACUAUAUAGUUAUAUAAUGUUGGUCUUUACAUGUAAAAAUUUUAUUAUACCUACAACAUGUAAAGUCAUGAAAAUGAAAAUACUUUUUUUAUUUAAAGUAUUUUUGUAGUCGUUGAAAAGAAGUGUACAUAUUUGCAAUAAAUUUUUAAAUGAACGAUAAAUUUACAUGUUUAAACUGCAUUCUUGACUUCAUCAAUAGAAACUUCAGUU